GAUACCAAUGACCCCAUAUGCCCAAAAACUGACGAUCUCUUGAUUCCACAACGUUGUGACACCUAAUAAUAUGCUCUGUCUCGUAAGAGUCUGUGUUUGGUUUGAAUAAAUAAACGUAUGAUUACUCUCUCCUCAGAACCAGAACCGGAACCGAUUCCAGAAACACCAGGACCUCCGAUGCCAGAACCGACUCCCGAACCCACCCAAGCUCCCACCACACUCACCGGCCCAUUGGCCCCAGAACCGACUCCAGAAAUGCCCGGAAUACCUCCCACACCCCCACCACCUACUCCCGAAGAACCGAUGGAGUUUACAUUACCCGGCCCACUGCCUCCAGACCCGACUCCAGAAAUGCCUGGCAUACCACCCACGCCACCCCCACCGACUCCCGAAGAACCGAUUCCAAUGAUUCCACCGUUCACAUUACCCGGUCCCCUACCCCCACCGGUUACAGAAAUACCCACCCCACCGACUACCGAAGAACCGAUUCCCCUGACCACAACGCAGGAGAUAAUCGGAGACCCUCUAGAACUCUUCACAGAUUAUCUAGAACCCAAUCCUUACCAACCGGAAAUACCAGAACCGAUUCCAUAUAUCCACCCUGAGUUGAUCUAUGAGGACCCAUCAGCAACAGAAGAGAUCCCAGUUGAUUAUCCGGAUCUGGAAAUUCCAACUCUGGCACCGGUUCCUGAAAUGCCCGAAGAAGAGGAAGAAGAAGAAGAGGAAGUCCCUGAAUCUACCACAGAGAGCCCAGCUGAGAUGUUCAAUGACGAGAUGCCAGAGGCUGUGACCCAUGACGUCACGGCCAUGCCAGAGACAACAAUGGCGCCUGAAGAUGCGGACGUAUGUCGCUGUGAAGCCAAAGGUGACCCUCACUACACAACGUUUGACGGCGCCCACAUCGAGGUGUUCACACCCUGCAAAUACGUCAUGGCAGAGACUGCAGUCACACACCACCCAUGUGCCUUCAGGGUGGAAGUGAAGAAUGAGAAACGGCCAGAAUCGAAGCACCCAGAAAAAGCCUACACCCGAUUGCUGGAUAUCCGACUACCAGAAGAUACGAUCCGCCUUCACGUCGGAGGUCUUGUCUUCCUCAACGGAGAAGAGAAGGCCCCAGACUUUGUGUCACGUGAUGCCGUGGUGGUCCAAGAUGGCGCCUGGAUCAACGUGACUACCGCCUGCAACGUCACCAUUUCUUACGACGGAGACAAAGAGGCGGUUGUGGAGAUGCCGGGCGUGUAUCGGGGAUGGACCCGGGGUCUGUGCGGAGACUGUGACGGAGAUGCCCUGGACGAUGUGUCUGUGGGCGGGAAAGCGCUGUACACAUUCGGUUCUGUCAUGUCCGGGUACAACCACAUCGCCCGCCAGUUCCUGGUACCGGAUGAUUCGGAUCACCCGGAUCUGGAUGCUCA